AUGGCAUUUGUGAAGGAGGAGGAAGAAAAAGUAAAUUUUUUUAAUGUAAAAGAGAGAGUUGAAGCAAUUGUCAAAUCUUUUCUGAAACAAUUGGCAGAUCCUAGCAAAACACCUGCAUUCCUAAGUCUUUCGAAAAGGAAGGCCAGUGGCCGCGUUUUCUCAUCAAAGGGAAGCUUUUCUAAAACCCCUCGUCCUAAAAAAUACAAUAUCAUCAAUCAUCCUAUAAAGGUUGCUCAGAUUUUACAGGUUUUGGACUGUAUACACGAGGCGAUUGAAACGGAAAGCGUGGUUACAAAAAGAGAUAUAUUUUAUCAUGAUGUUCAAUUGUUCAAAAAACAAUCUGUUGUUGACGAAUUGAUUGAAGACCUUGCCUGUACCAUAGGCUGCCCUAGAUCAGCACUAAAUGUGGAAGCAUCUGGCAAAGGGCUUGUUUAUGGCCCUUUAAGCAUCACUCUCCAAGAAGGAGAAAAGCUGGAAACAUCCAAGCCUACCUUGAUUAGCUACCACCCAAUUUCCUUUUUAAAAUCCACUGCAAAUUGGGUUUUAGUAGUUGAGAAAGAAGCCGUGUUCCAAACCCUCGUAGAGCGUGGACUGGAAGAUACAAUUCUGAUUACGGCAAAAGGAUUUCCAGAUUUGUCCACUAGAAAGUUUUUGCUAGAAAUCACAAAAUAUUUACCAGAGUUGCCUAUAUUUGGAAUUUUUGAUUGGGAUCCUUAUGGAAUUUUGAUUUACAGUUGCUACAAACAUGGUUCGAAGGCUAGUGGUUAUGAAAAUUCCAUGCUAUUACCUCAAUUGCAAUUUUUGGGCCCUUUUGACCAAGAUAUAUUUCCAGAAAAUUACAGCUAUUCUCUUUCUUUUGGGAAGCGCGAUACUACAAUUGCUAGAAACCUGCUUCAAUCCGAUUGUUUACGCUGCGAACCCCAUAUACGUGAACAACUACAGAGGAUGCUUUUCCUUCAAAAAAAGGCCGAAUUGCAAGCAAUUCCGAACCUUUUUAAAUGGACUGAGAAAAAAUUACUCGAAACCAAAGCGGAUUCUAAAAUCGGCCUUGCUGGUACUCACAUUCGCUAG